GCAGCAGCUUAGCCCCGCAUCCAGCUCUCUCCGGCAUCCAGCAUCCACCCGAGCCUGGGAAGGAAGCAGCAUCAAGUCCUACCCGGGCGCAGACGCUCCGACCUACGGAGGAGGAAGAGAAGAGAAGAAAAGAAAAGAAAGGGAGAGGAGGGGGGACGCAUCCUCAGCAUCCGAGUGAUGCCACAGCACCAACUGCAUUUGGAGCAGCAGCGCUGAGAGUUGAUCUUGUAUUUUAGCGGGUUUGAGAGAGAGGAAGCGUUUCCAGACUCGAAGACAGCCGCAAACUGCCCAUGAAGAUGUCCAACGCUGACAUCGUCCUAAAUGCCGCCGAUCGGGUGGUGAAAUCUGUCCCCUUCCCCCUAAGCCACCGCCUUACCAUGAAAGAAGUCUUUGACUGUGAAGGGAAACCUCGAGUGGAUCUCCUCAAGGCCCACCUUACCAAGGAGGGCCGCGUGGAGGAAGCCGUGGCAUUGCGAAUCGUCAACGAAGGAGCGGCGAUCCUGCGCCAGGAGAAAACUAUUCUGGACAUUGAGGCACCAGUCACAGUUUGUGGAGACAUCCAUGGGCAGUUCUUUGACCUGAUGAAGCUUUUUGAAGUGGGAGGAUCGCCAGCCACGACGCGCUACCUGUUCCUGGGGGACUACGUCGACCGUGGCUACUUCAGUAUUGAGUGUGUUUUAUACCUUUGGUCACUGAAAAUCCUCUAUCCAAAGACACUAUUUUUACUACGAGGAAAUCAUGAAUGUAGACAUUUGACAGAAUAUUUCACCUUCAAACAAGAAUGUAAAAUCAAAUAUUCGGAGCAAGUGUACGACUCAUGCAUGGACGCAUUUGACUGCCUUCCUCUGGCUGCGCUGAUGAACCAACAGUUUCUGUGUGUCCAUGGCGGACUCUCACCUGAAAUACACACCUUAGAUGAUAUUAAAAAGUUGGAUCGGUUCAAGGAGCCGCCGGCUUUUGGGCCCAUGUGUGACCUGCUGUGGUCGGAUCCUCUGGAAGACUUUGGCAAUGAGAAAACCCAGGAAUAUUUCAGCCACAACACAGUGCGAGGUUGCUCCUACUUUUACAGUUAUCCAGCUGUUUGUGAAUUUCUACAGAGCAAUAACCUAUUAUCAAUCAUCCGAGCGCAUGAGGCACAAGAUGCAGGUUACCGGAUGUAUCGUAAAAGUCAGACCACGGGAUUCCCAUCCCUCAUCACCAUCUUCUCUGCUCCAAAUUACUUGGAUGUUUACAACAACAAAGCUGCUGUACUCAAAUACGAAAACAACGUCAUGAACAUCCGACAGUUCAACUGCUCGCCUCAUCCCUACUGGCUGCCCAACUUCAUGGACGUCUUCACUUGGUCGCUGCCAUUCGUUGGAGAGAAAGUCACAGAGAUGCUGGUGAAUGUGUUGAGUAUAUGCUCUGACGACGAGCUAAUGAAUGAUGAAGAUGAGAUAUUUGAUGCCAACGCAGCCGCAGCACGCAAGGAGGUGAUCCGAAACAAGAUUCGUGCUAUUGGGAAAAUGGCCAAAAUGUUCUCAGUCCUCAGAGAGGAGAGUGAAAAUGUGUUGACGCUCAAGGGCCUGACGCCCACCGGCAUGCUGCCGAGCGGGGUUCUCUCUGGGGGCAAACAGACGCUGCAGAGUGCCACCAUUGAAGCCAUUGAAGCCAUCGAGACGACUGAUGAGGACAGAGAAGCCAUCCGUGGCUUUUCCCCACAGCACAAGAUCACCAGUUUCGAGGAAGCCAAGGGCCUGGACCGCAUCAACGAGCGCAUGCCCCCUCGCAGGGAUGGCGUCAACCACGUGGGGCACUCCAUGGGAAAGAUGAAUAUGUCCGAGGCGAACGGCACGGAUGACAACAGCAACAUCCAGUGAGCCUCGGUUGGUGAUGGUGGUGGUUGCGGUGGAGAAAGCAUGGGGGGGCGUGGGGGGCUGCGACUUUGCAGAUAUUUCCCCGUGCAGUGAGACAUUGCCAAAUCGAAAUUCAGGCCUCAGAACAUACACAAAUGGGCCCACAGCAGACAGAUGAGCAAAAAGGUCAUUUAUUUGGUGAC